AUGUCUGCAGCGUUGGAGGCAGCACCCUCCUUCGCAGGGAAAUGGUCAAAUAUACAACCAUCCCUCACCCCAUGGAUCACGGAUGUCGUCAGUUCAAUGGGUUUUACUCAGAUGACACCCGUACAGGCCAGCACUAUCCCACUCUUCAUGAAACACAAGGACGUCGUAGUGGAGGCCGUUACCGGGUCAGGGAAGACACUCGCUUUCGUCAUCCCAAUCAUUGAGAAGCUCAUUCGACGGGAAAUCCGGCUGAGGAAGAAUGAGGUUGGUGCACUGGUCAUAUCACCCACAAGAGAGCUCGCAGCGCAGAUUCACUCCGUGUUCUCGCUGUUCCUCGCCUCUCAACCCAGCUCGGCCGAGGCAGACGAGGAUUCCACGGAACCUGCCCCUCUAAAGUACCCUCCUCCACUUCUCCUUGUGUCAGGAUCGGACUCCACCCCACAUCAGGACGUUUCACGGCUUCUCGAAACUGGGGCCGACAUUGUCGUGGGAACCCCUGGCCGAGUAGAGGAGUUUCUUUUGGGAAAGGGACAAAAUAGUGUGUCGACGAAAGAGCUGGACAUCCUCGUGCUGGAUGAGGCCGAUAGGUUACUUGAUCUCGGCUUCUCAGUAACUCUGACUCGCAUCUUGAAUCACCUCCCGAAGCAGCGCAGAACAGGCCUUUUCAGUGCAACAAUGACCGAUGCUUUGUCCGAGCUUGUCCGAGUAGGUCUGAGAAACCCUGUUCGAGUUGUUGUCAAGGUCGAAAAUAAGAAGCGAGGCUUAAAGCGACGUCGCGAAGACGAAGCUCCUGAUAAGUCUGAAACGGAGAAGCGCACCCCGGCAACACUGCGGAACCUUUAUAUCCGUUGCCUUCCGUCAGAAAAGACUGUUCAAUUCGGCCGUGUCCUCGAGAAGAGGCGCUCAGAGGGCGCUGCUCGUUUCAUCGCGUACUUCUCGACAUGUGCUUGCGUAGAGUAUUUCUACCAAGUGUUCAAACAACUUCCCACCUUGUCAAACUUUUCCAUCUCAUCGCUGCAUGGUCAUCUUCCACCUGCAAAGCGCACAGCUACCCUCGCCCAAUUUGUGGUACACCCUUCCACAUCGGAAAAUCCCGCCCUCCUCCUUUGUACUGACGUUGCUGCACGCGGUCUUGACCUGCCCGACGUGGAUGUUGUCGUGCAAUAUGACCCCCCUCAAGAUCCCAAGCAGUUUAGUCAUCGGUGCGGCCGAACUGCUCGAGCUGGGAAGCAGGGAACUGCUGUCGUAUUACUGUGUGAGGGUCAUGAAGAGGACUAUGUUGAUUUUCUUAGUAUCCGGCAAAUACCGCUAGUCGAGGAACUGUACAUCACGAGAGCUUUAUCCAACGGUCUCAUCCACCCCGACCCAGCCGCAGCUCAGCUUCUUGCUGAGAUACGGCACUUGGCCAUGGAGGAUCGUGCCCUUCACGACAAGGCAAUGAAGGCUUUCGUUUCGUUCGUACAAGCAUAUUCCAAGCACGAAGCCAGCUACAUAUUUCAAAUCAAGGAUCUUCCUUUAGCUGAGGUUGCGGCUGCUUUUGGUCUACUGAGACUGCCAAGAAUGCCUGAACUGGCAAAGUCUCCGUCUCCCAACGUUGGUGUCUGGGUCGAGGCGGUUCUGGACUGGGACAAAUAUGCUUAUGUGGACCCCCUGCGGGAAAAGCAGAGACAAGCGGGCCUGGAACAAGGCAAGACGGAAGCAGCCACUGCGGAGAGAGAGCUGAGGAAGCAGGCGAAGGUUGCGCAGAAGGCCAAGAAUGGGGCAUGGUCGGACAAGACAAAACACCGAGCGCUGCGCGAACUGCGGCGCGACAAGAAGAAACGAAAGAAGGAGUGGGAGAAGAAGACGGCCACUACGCCAGCAUCUGCUUUGACUGGCAAUGAUGACGACAGCGAUGACGGGGAGGAUUGGAAAGAACUCCAGAAGGAACAGAGACUGGCGAAGAAGGUCAGGAAAGGGCGGGUGUCACAGGCAGAAUUCAACACAGAGUUCACACAGUUAUAA